AUGUCCCCGCGUCGUGCCAGUGACCGGCGACGACCAUGGCUAUUUGCCUAUGACCUUGUAGUAUCGCUACUCACCGACCCUCGCUAUUUCUACGUGCUUGCUGCCCUAGUUGUCGCUGGAGAUGCUGUUCUUACUCAGCUGAUCAUACGCUUCGUGCCAUACACCGAGAUAGACUGGGAGACGUACAUCUAUCAACUGGAGCUCUACUUGAAGGGAGAAAGGGACUACUCAUUGAUAUCGGGGCCUACAGGACCUAUAGUAUAUCCUGCCGGACAUGUCCAUAUUCACCACGCACUCUUCCGCCUCACAGACUCUGGCAACAACCUCAAGGCCGCUCAGCAAAUCUAUACUGUCUUGUACAUUGCGCUGCUCGCCCUAGCAUGCGGAAUCUAUGGUCGUGCAGCAGGUGUGCCCAACUGGGUAGUCCUGCUGUUGCCGCUCAGCAAGAGGUUGCACUCCAUCUUCGUCCUGAGGCUCUUCAAUGACUGCUGGAUGGCGGUACUCGCCCAUGCCGCCGUUUUGGCGUACGCCAACGCGUUCGACUUGAUGGGCACAGUUCUCCUUGGCUGUGCUCUAUCAGUCAAGAUGUCGGCGCUGCUCUACCUUCCGGGAUUACUAGUCGUGCUCUUCAAGAAGAACGGCCUCGUGGGUACUCUGUUGCAUCUCGUGCUUCUUUUGUCUACCCAAGUCGUUGCUGGGCUCCCGUUCUUGCUACAGCAUCCCGGCUCAUACCUCAAGUACUCGUACGAGUUCUCUCGCGCGUUCCUCUACAAGUGGACCGUGAAUUGGCGGUUUAUCAGUGAGGAGACCUUUCUGAACCAAUGGUGGGCGCGCGGACUCCUUGCGGGCCAUGUCGCGACCCUUGCUACCUUCGGUCUAUGCCAAUGGUGCAGGCGGGAAGGAGGGGUAUGGGCUGUCAUAAGCAGUGGUUUACGAAAUCCUAUGCGACGUCCAGAGCGCUGCCAUGUCACCAGCGAUUUUACGACCACGGUGCUCUUCACGUCCAACCUCGUUGGCAUCUUGUUCGCGCGAUCCUUGCACUACCAGUUCUACUCCUGGUAUGGUAUGCAAGUCCCUUUUGUUGCCUGGAGGACCAAGUACCCCGUCAUCGUCAAGUUAUUGCUACUCUUCGCUAUCGAGUAUGCGUGGAACGUAUUCCCGUCAACAUCGCUGUCAUCCGCUCUUCUAUGUACCGCCAACGCGGCUCUAGUAGCUGGUGUCUGGUUCGGCUACCCCGAAGGGAUCUCUCCAGCUCCUCCUGCGGAUCGACAGAAAAACGAAUGA